AUGCCAAAAAAGUCUAGUUCUAGUGGUUUAGCGAUUGAAGAGAAGAGAGUUGCUUCCAUUUGCAGUGAAGAUGAUUUGAUUACUCAAGAGGUUAGAAAGGAAGAUAAACUCAAAGAUGCUAAAACUGAGAUGGGUGAGGUGAAGGAAGAAAAUGAGAGAUUGAAGAUGAUGUUGGAGCGAGUAGAAAAGGACUACCACUCCCUUCAACUUCGUUUCUUUGACAUCCUUAACAAAGAAGUUUCAAAAACGGGUGUGAAUGAUUCAUCUGCUUCUCAUGAUGAAACUGAAGAACCUGAGUUUGUGUCACUUUGCCUUGGAAGAAGUCCAAAGGAGCCUAAGAAGGAAGUGAGAAUUGGAAACUCAAACAAACCAAAAGAAAAAGAUGUGGAAGCCAACCUUACUCUUGGAUUAGACGCCAAACAUGUGUUGUCAAUGGACAUGGGGAUGGUGUCUGAUUUGAGUCCCAUGAACAGCUCAGAAGAACCAAAGGAAUCAGAAGCUGAGGGAACAUUGUCAACAGAUAAAUCAGCAAAAUUGAUAAAUGUAAAUAAUGACAUUUCAGAUCAAAUGCCUGCCAAGAGAGCCAGGGUAUCCGUGAGAGCUAGGUGUGAUACUCCCACGAUGAAUGAUGGGUGUCAAUGGAGGAAAUAUGGACAGAAAAUAUCGAAGGGAAAUCCAUGUCCAAGGGCAUAUUAUCGUUGCACUGUUGCACCAACAUGCCCAGUAAGGAAACGGGUGCAAAGAUGUGCUGAGGACUUGUCCAUCUUAAUCACCACAUAUGAAGGAACACACAACCACCCACUUCCAGUUUCAGCCACAGCCAUGGCUUCCACAACUUCUGCUGCUGCUUCCAUGUUGUUGUCAGGUUCUUCAACAUCUCACCCUACAUGUCAAAGUUUUGCCUCUUUUGGAAAUGCCCCUACUACACAAUUCAAUGGUCUAAAUUUUAGUCAGCAUUUUGGUGAAUCAAGAGCCAAACAAGUCUUCUAUCCACCAAACCAUGCCUCAUCACACUUGUUCCCAACAAUCACUCUAGAUCUUACUUCAUCCUCCUCAUUAACUCAUGCUCAUCACUUACCUUCAAUUUCAAACCCAAGAUUAUUUUCACCAACUAGUCUCAACUUUUGUUCCUCAGAGCCUAACUUCAUACCAUCCAAUUGGGGUAAAGGGUUCCCUAAUAAUGGCACUACCACUACACCAACUGACAAAAUCCACACAAGGCAAGUUAUCCAAGGAAACCAUUUCCAGGAACACUUUUUUCAACAAUGCAUAACAAACCAAACUCCUUCCAAGGAAGCUUUGGCAGAAACAAUAGCCCAAGCAAUCAACACAGACCCAAGUCUUCGCUCAGUGAUAACUGCUGCAGUUUCAUCAAUUGUGGGACAAGGAUCAAACAGUGGAAACCAAGAAGGAUUAGAGAAGGUUUUAGGUUCAGGUUUGAACUUAAAAUUGGGGGAGAAUCUGCAAUUGGGUUCUCUCAAUCCCUUGAACCAGAAUGGAAAAGGGUGUUUGACUGAUUACUUCAAAAGGUUGUCUUCUUCAAGUUCUGAGGCAGGAAAUUUCAUUUUUCUCCAACCACCAUUGCCAUUUUCUCUCUCCAAAAAGUAGCACAAAUCAGUUCAGCCAUUAUGCUACAGAAAUAAAGACACGUAUCAUUAUUUUUCUCUUUCUCUUUCUCUUUGUCAUAGCUGGAAAAAACUCCUCUAAUACUGGAUGAAUAUAGUAGAAGAGAGAAAGACAUGUGCAUUUUGUGGCGUGUCCAAAAAGCUCCUCUUUGUUACCUACUAAAUGCACUUAUCUUUCUCUAUCAUAUUGCAUUCAUCCAAUAAAUGGAGAGAAUCCUCUCCCCCCUCGCGGCCUAGCUAGGUUCAAUGGUCCUGUUAUUUCAUGUCAAACUAGGACCCUUAAACAAAAGAUUAUAGUUAGAACAAGAUGAAGUACAGCUAGAAAUCAAUGUUCUCACCCUCUACAAUCUAGUUAUUCCAUGUCAUUUUUCUAACACUCGAGCAACUGCUCAGACUCAAUAGACAACCAAUUACAGAAAUUACUACAAGUGCAGUUGGCAAUGCAUGCAUCCCUUUAUAUAAGUUAAUAUUAUCUACUUAUAAGCUUUUAUAUCGUUUUGUGGUCAUUAAAAAAAUUGUUAUGUAUUUUUUUUGUUCAAUAACAUGUCUAUAUCAUGAAAGGUGAAUUCAGCAAUUAUU